CAGUCUUGGGCUCAUCCUAAUGCUGCAAGUACAGAAUCAUCCACGUCCAAACCACGUGACAAAUGGACGAAAGGCGGGCCCCUCAACAAAAACCCGACAGAAGUCUCCGCGAAACUGUCGGAGCUGGCCGAACGGUUCGCCUGCACAAUGUGUGACUUCCGAACGGCGGCGCUGGCCAAGUUGCGCUGCCAUUUACGGCUGCACGUCUCACCAGGCAACCAACUGCGCCACUGUCCCUACUGCGCCUACAACACACUGCACGCGAACACACUGCGCGCACAUGUGCGAACGCACACUGGAGAGAGACCGUUCAAGUGCAACCAGUGUGACUACAGCACUUCGUACAGUACCACGCUGAAAACCCACAUGCGGAUCCACAGUGGAGAAAAGCCCUACAAGUGUCAGAUAUGUGACUACAGUUCUACCCAAUCCACAAAUCUACGCACCCAUAUGCGAAUACAUAGUGGAGAGAAACCUUACGAGUGCAACAUAUGUGAAUACAGAUGCGUGGACUCCAGUACCCUGUUGAAACACAUCAAGAGUCACACGGGCGAGCGAGCCGCGACUGAAAAGAAGAAGCCGAAAACGCUGACCUGUGAAGAGUGCGGCUACAAAUGCGCCUACCAGGCCACCAUGACAGUGCACAUGCGCACACACACCGGAGAGAGGCCAUACAAGUGUGAGCUGUGCGACUAUGCAUGCACACACAUCACCAGCUACAAGAACCACAUGCGCAUGCACACGGGCGACAAGCCAUACAAGUGUGCACAGUGCGACUUCAGCACCAGUCACUCGAGUCAUCUGAAGAGGCAUAGCAGACGGCACACGGGUGAGAGGCCCUAUGUGUGUGACGUAUGCAAGGCCGGCUUCACACAGAAGACGCAUUUGGACAAGCAUGUCAGGACUCAGCAUAGGACAGACACUGUUCAAGCAUAGAGAAGACAUCCCAUGAUUUGUAAAAUUCAACACAAUAUGAUACACUAUCAUCUAAACUUGAUACACAACACCAUAAUUUGAUACAAAACUUCCUACUUUGAAUGAAUUCUACCAAAGACCUUAAAGAUGCAUAGACU